AAGCAGUAGUUUUGUUCUUAGGAAACUGCUUUUCUUGCUUCAUUGUAUUUUUUAUCAGUGUAAUUCAACAAAAACCAAGAGUAUGUGACAAACUAUUGUUAGAUUAAAGGUAUGAACAAAGUGAAAAAGCGCUUUCAAUGUGGAUCAGAAUUUGAUUAUUCUUAAUAAAAUUAUAUGGUCACUCACUGGCCCUAGCAUAAAAGUCAAAUUUAUAAGAUGAAUGUGGUAGACAUCAUACCACAGCCAUGAAGAGAGAGUAGAUUUGUCACUAGCUCUCUCGACAGGCUUCUAUCUAUUAUGUCUCUCAACUUCUGCUCAAUGACCACUUGUAGCUAAUAAUAGAUUUCUGUCACCGGUUUUUCUUAGCUGUCCCAUAUCUAAUGAACAGUAAAUCACAGUUAAGUGUUUUAAUUGAAUUUGCACACUAAUAUGUUUGCUGCAGGAAAAAGUGGGAUUAGGCUCUUCUGAUACUGAUUCUGGAAAGGGCAAGAGUAAGAUGUCAAAGAACAUAACACAUGGUUAUCAUCUAGUGAAAGGAAGAUCACAUCAUGCCAUGGAAGAUUAUGUUGUGGCAGACUUUAAACAAGUCGAUGACAAUGAGCUUGGUUUAUUUGCAAUAUUUGAUGGUCAUCUAAGCCAUGUUAUUCCUGAUUAUUUAAAGAAUCAUUUGUUUGAAAAUAUCUUGAAUGAGCCUGACUUCUGGACAGAACCAGAGAAGGCAAUCAAGAGGGCAUAUCGCGUAACAGACACAACUAUACUGGAUCAAGCAGUUGAUUUUGGUAAAGGGGGUUCAACUGCUGUCACAGCGAUAUUAAUCAACUGUCAGAAGCUAGUGGUAGCAAAUGUUGGUGAUUCUCGUGCUGUCAUCUGUAAGAAUGGAAAGGCUAAACAAUUGUCUAUUGAUCACGAACCCAGCAUGGAAAGGGAGGAAAUUGAAAGCAGAGGCGGUUUUGUGUCAAAAUUUCCAGGAGAUGUUUCUCGUGUCGAUGGGCAGUUGGCAGUGGCAAGGGCAUUUGGUGACAAGAGCUUGAAGGAACAUCUUAGUUCAGAGCCUGACGUUACAGUGGAGAUGAUAGAUGAUGACACACAGUUUAUAAUUUUGGCAAGUGAUGGAUUAUGGAAGGUGAUGUCAAACCAAGAAGCAACAGAUGCCAUCCAGAACAUUAAGGAUGCUCGCUCUGCAGCCAAGCACCUUACUGAAGAAGCACUUAAUAGGAAGAGCUCAGAUGACAUUUCUAUUGUGGUUGUGAGAUUUUAGUGAUUUAAAAGGGCAGUUAUCUUGUACUUUUGUUUGUUAGCUUUUAAGUGACGUGCAAGUACCUUUGAUGUAUUAAUGAAACAUUAUGCUUAUUUUUACUUCAAAUUGAAGUCUUUUAGCUAUCUGAUUUGAAGAAAAUUUUGUUGGAAAA